AUGGCCACAUCGCGCCUCACCGGCGACGCCGUCAAGGCGAACACCGGCCAGUACGACUGCGCCGACGUGCACUCUCUCGCCAUGCCACGAGCCGGGCUCCGCGUGAUCGAGGCGCUGGCACCGUGCGUCAAUCUUCGGCAUCUUGACCUAUCACACAAUCGCAUUGGUCGAAUGGAGGGGCUGGAAGCCCUCGCGCAGCUACGGCGGCUCGCGCUGUCGGACAAUGAAAUCACAACCAUCCAAGGGGCGCUGCUGCUCGACGGCAACCGAAUCACCUCAGUCGACGACGCGUCAUGCCUCGAGCCAUUGCCCAAGCUCCGCAACCUCCAACUACAGCGGCCCACCCAACAUGACUCGCCGCCUGACGCGUCGUCGAAUCCGUGCUGCAAGCAUCCCCAGUACCGCGUCGUGCUGCGGCGUCUCUUGACAAUGCUUGAUGGCGAGAGCCUCGCUCUCGUCGACGCUGCUGGACUCGACGCAUCGCCGAGCAAAGAUGUGUAA